AACAUGGACGCUUUGCUGCAGUAAAACCACUGUUGAGAAAUGUUGAAUCAAGUCCAGGGGAUGUGAUUCAGUCAUUGAUGCAGAAAUAUGGAUAAACCAAUGAGCGGAAUGGAGCAAAUUUGAGCUCGACGAUAACUUUAAGUCACAGACUGCUCUCAGGAAAAGAAUACAGAUGGACCCGGGACAAAUCACCGGGGUUUACGGGGAGGUUAGCGGUCUCCCAACACCUGUUUCUGCUCAUGUGAAGGAGGAGCAGGUCUCAGACGUCCGGACCUUCACUGUGGACGUGGAGUGGAGCCAGAACGAUCUGGUCCGAGGCUCCAGGUUUUGCUACUCACAGACGUGGACUCUGAUCAUAGACCACAACAACCACAAGAGCAUCCGGACUGUCCUAACACCUGGAUCAUGUGUUCCUAUUUCUGGAGAGUUACUGAGUGGACACUCACCCAUCCAAGGCCUGCGGGCCGUUGUCAGGGAAACAGCUGGCCACCAGCUCCUUGAGAUAUGGGACCAACAUGGCCUGAGGAAAUGUCUCAAUCUGACUGCUCUCAACAAACAUGGCAGAGUGUACGAUGAUGCUCACUUUGGCUGUUUGUCGUGGUCAGAAUGUGAGGAUAAACUGCUGUAUGUCGCUGAGAAGAGCAAGACCACAUCAGAAAUACAGGACAGGAAUGUGUACUGGGAAGACUGGGGGGAGGCUCUGACCAAUAAAAGCAGUCCUGUGAUCUGUGUGGUGAAUCUGCAGAGCGGCUCAGUCAGCGUGCUGCAGGGCGUCCCACAAGAAGUCUGUCCUGGACAGGCUCUGUGGGCUCCAGGCGGUCAGUCUGUGAUUUUUGUUGGCUGGUACCACAAACCUUUCAGACUUGGACUGAAAUUCUGCUCCAACCGCAAGUCAGCGUUAUUCAAGCUCGACCUGGAUGGAAACUGCGAGUGUCUGUCAGGGGAUGACCUGUCAGUGUCCUGCCCCAGGCUGAGUCCUGAUGGGUCCACACUGAUCUUCUUGCAGGGUCGGGUGUUCGGCCCUCACAACCAGUGCCUCAGUCUGCAGCAGUUGGACUUAAAGAGUGGGAAAGCCUCCACACUAUUGGAUAUUGUCAACAGACCACAGCCUGGUGAGUUUGCAGGUGUGUAUGAAGCUCUUCCCUCCUGCUGCUGGUCUGCAGACAGUCAGAGAGUGGUGUUCAGCAGUGCCUGCAGAAACUGGAAGGAUCUCUAUAUGGUCGACAGAAGCACAAGCAAAGUUUUCUCCCUCUCUGAUACUCACCUUCCUCAUUCAGAUCCUCCUUUCCUUCCUCCUCCUCCACCUCCACAUCUUCAUCAUCAAGACCACCAGAGAGAGCAGGAAGAUCUCUCUGAUGUCUCCAAAGUUUAUGGCAGCUGGAAGCUGCUGACAGUCCAGAAGGACCUGAUGGUCGUCCUCUGCUCCAGCCCUAACACUCCUCCUACUCUGAGGGUGGGUUUCCUCCCCUCAGUAGGUGAUGCUGUGACCUGGCACACACUGCAGAAGCCGAUAAAGACCUUUGACUUCCACUGGAGAGUUCUAGAUGUUACACCUCCACCAGAGGAAGAAAACACACAGUAUACUGGUUUAGACUUCAGUUCUGUCCUCGUUAAACCAUCUCAUCCUCUCCAUGAGGCCAAGACACCUCUGAUUGUCUUCAUCCAUGGUGGCCCACACUCCCAGUUUCCUGCAGAGUGGAACUGCACAACAGCUGGACUGACUAAACUUGGCUUUGCUGUGCUCAUGGUGAACUACAGAGGAUCCAAAGGGUUCGGUCAGGACAGCAUUUUGUCCCUCAUUGGUCGGAUUGGAAGCCAGGAUGUUAAAGAUGUGCAGACAGCUGUCUUAACUGCACUACAGUCCGAUAUAACGCUCGAUCCCAAACGCUUGGCUGUGAUUGGUGGUUCUCAUGGAGGUUUCCUGGCUUGUCAUCUGGUUGGUCAGUACCCAGACUUCUACAGAGCAUGUGCAGCCAGGAACCCUGUCAUUAACGCUGCUACCUUACUGGGCACCAGUGACAUCGUGGACUGGCGUUACAGCAGUGUGGGCUUUCAGUAUUCCUAUGAUCAGAUACCCACCCCUGAAGCUCUGACUGCCAUGCUAGAGAAGUCUCCAAUCACACAUGCUGCUCAGAUCAAAGCUCCAGUGCUGCUGAUGCUGGGAGCCAGAGACAGGAGAGUGUCUCCUCAUCAGGGUCUGGAGCUUUAUAAAGCACUGAAAAGCAGAGAGUCACCUGUCAGGUUGUUAUGGUUUCCGGAAGAUGGACAUUCGCUGUCUAGGGUGGACACGCAGGCCGACUGCUUUCUUAACACAGUGUUGUGGCUUCACCAGCAUUUCUGAGUUCAAGUAAAUACUCAUACAUAAACAGAUACACAUCAACCGUUCUGCCGAUUUGUUGAAGGACUUACAGAGCUGCCGACAUCAUAAAUAAAGAAGAUCUUUAAUGAACGUUAACCUAUCACUGCCUUUUUACGUACAAAAACAUACUCUGUAUGCAAUUUUGUAAAAUAUUUACAAUUAAAAGCACAUAAUAAAGUGAA